GAACUUUAACCUUAACCAUCAUUGAUAAUCAGUUCAUGGUAGAAGCUAAAACAAAUAUUGCAAUCAAAGCUUCAACGUAUUCAUCAAUAGAUAACUUGUUAAAUUCACGUGCAAUUUUUGAUGUUGAUAAAGAUAUUAACAUAACUCCUUGUUAUCUGAACAGAACAGGAGUUAGUCCAAAGAAAGCUGGUGUUAAUAAG